AGCAUUUUAUGUUUUCUAUUAUUAUAAACUUUGCAGUGGUUUACAAUAUUAAUCGAAUAUAAUUUAUUAUUGUGCGUAAAAAAUGGCUACGUUCGAUUUUAAUUCUAUAAAUUCAGCGCUCACAGAUACCAGUAAGCUGGAAACUGGUGUGGAUUUUUCCGGAAAAUCAUUGAAAUUGGACACAGAAAAAGAUGCACAACCAAUUAUCGAUGCAAUCAAUGCAUGCCCUAAUUUACAAUAUCUAACAUUAACCGGUAACACUCUUGGUGUUGCCGCUGCGCAGGCCAUCGCUAAAGCAUUAGAGCAUCAUCCGGAGUUGAAGAUAGCCAGGUUCUCUGAUAUGUUUACUGGUAGGAUGAAAACUGAAAUUCCUCCUGCUUUGAGUGCUCUCGGAGAAGGUAUGAUAACAGCAGGUGCCCGUCUCUCCGUGUUGGAGCUAAGUGACAAUGCAUUUGGACCUAUUGGAGUACAAGGACUAGCUAAGUUACUACAAAGUGAUGUUUGCUCUCAGUUGCAGGAACUCCGUUUAAACAACAAUGGUCUAGGAAUAAAAGGAGGUAGAAUUCUGGCAGAAGCUCUCUCAGCUAGUCCUCGCAAACUGAAAGUGUUUAUAGCUGGCAGGAAUAGACUGGAAAAUGAUGGUGCUACUGCCCUGGCUAGAGUUUUUCAAGAUAUGGGUACAUUAGAAGAGAUAGCGAUGCCACAAAAUGGUAUAUACCAUAAAGGUGUGUCAGCACUCUCCGAAGCGUUCAAACAUAAUCCUAAUUUAAGCUGUUUGAAUUUGAACGAUAAUACAAUCAGCUCUAAAGGUGCUAAGGCGAUCGCGAAUGUUUUACCCGGUUUAAAAAAGUUGAAAUCAAUAAACUUUGGUGAUUGUUUGCUGAAGAGUAAAGGUGCUAAAGCACUCGCUAAGGCUUUCAAAGACAAUUCAAUGUUAUUGGAGUCUGUAGACCUAAGUUUCAAUGAAAUAGGUCGUGAAGCUUGUAUGGAGGUGGUGGAGGCGGUUACAGCGUUACCUGAUGCUACAGACAGACUGUCCAGAGUUGUACUGGCGGGUAACAGUCUCGGUGAUUCAACAAAUAAGAAGACAAUGAAAGACAAAUUGGGUCCCUCCGCUGAACUCAGUGAUGGGGACUGCAGCGAUCAUGAAUUUGUGUCAGGUUCAGAAUCAGGAAGUCAAUCAUCUGAAGGUUCAGAUGAUGAAGAGGAAUCGGAAGACAGCGCACCUGAAGAUGCACAGCAUAUAAAUACUAUUGUGGAAUUAAGUAGAGAAAUUAAUUUGGAUAGCUCUGGUAUAGAAGAAGUAAAAACCGAUGUGGAUAUAUUUUUGAAAUCGCCUACAAUUGAAAAUUUGACUCGUCUAGGAACAAAUGCUGCUGAUGUUAUAGACACACAUUUACAGGUGAUCAAAGAUCCAUCAGAUCUGAUAACCGCGUACGUGGAAGCCACCUUCUCCGUGUCAGGUUUGUCAGAGGAGAGUCAGCUCGCUCACCAAGUGGCGCUGGACCUGUACCCCAUUAUGUUGAAGCGAGCUGGACAGCAGCACGCAUCAGCAUGGCUGCUAGCUAAUACUAUGCUUAGGGGACUGGGGUUGAUUAAGUCAGAAAACAAACAGUACAGAAUACGGUGGAAGACGUCAGGUUGUUAUCGUAUGCUUGCAAUUGCAGUCACUUCCCCCACAUUCCCUGUACCACUCAGAGACACUCUGAGGUUCUUUAUCGCGAGUCGUCUGACCAGUCUCGCUGACAGGACUAUAGUGGAACAACAUCCGCAGUUGUAUACAUCGUAAUCCACAUAAAAACACAUUUGAUUGUAGUCCGACAAAGUUAUUUGGGUCAUUGAGACGUUUUUGUCCGGUUAGUUAUGUCAAAAAAUGUAUAAAACUCGUUAUGCGACAGUUAUGGGCCUGGUUAUGGGACCGGGAUUUCACAGUUAGCUUAGACA